UGUUUCUAACUACCAUACACGAUAUUUGAAAUUGGUCGAGACUUUCUCUAAACAAAUGGUCAAGAUUCUCGAUUAAAAGAAGAUUUGAAUGAAAUCAUAUUGAACAAAUGGAGAUUGGGUCAUCUUGGAUUGGGCGGUGCUCCAAGGAGCAUCAUAAGAUGUAUCAAAUUUGGUUCUCUUGUGCUGAUUCUGAUGGUGAUGGGCGUAUCACGGGCAACGAUGCUCAGAAAUUCCUCUCCAUGUCUAAUUUGAGUCGUCAAGAUCUCAAGCAGGUUUGGUCCAUUGCUGAUUCGAAGAGGCAAGGUUAUCUUGGAUAUGAUGAAUUCGUUGUAGCAAUGCAGCUCAUGUCUUUGGUACAAGCUGGCCAUAAUAUAACCAAUGAUAUUGUGAAUGAUACUCAAGCAGUUGAUUAUGAGAACCUGCAACCACCCACCAUGGAAGGUCUUCAAUCAAUUCUUGUAACGAAACGGAGUCCAAGCGCGCGCUACCCUUCGCCUGAGCGGAUCAGUGGCAAUCAACUGCAGCAUUCAUCUUCUGGAAGUUGGUUUUCUAAAACCGGAAAGAUGUCGUCGAGGCCGGUGACUUCAAUCGUGGAUGGACUGAAGAAUCUGUACAUCAAGAAGCUAAAGCCCCUGGAAGUGACCUACAAGUUCAAUGACUUUGUUUGUCCUUUACUGACAAGUAGCGAUUUCGAGGCGAAGCCAAUGGUGAUGCUACUUGGCCAAUACUCCACAGGGAAGACCACAUUCAUCAAGCAUCUCAUGGGAUGUACUUAUCCUGGAGCUCAUAUCGGUCCAGAGCCCACGACAGACAGAUUCGUAGUGGUUAUGAACGGAGCUGACGACAGAAGCAUUCCAGGCAACACCAUUGCUGUUCAAGCAGACAUGCCUUUCAGCGGCCUCCAAUCCUUCGGAACAGCUUUUUUAUCCAAGUUUGAGUGCUCACAGCUCCCUAAUCCUUUGUUGGAGCACAUCACCUUUGUGGACACCCCGGGAGUCCUCUCUGGGGAGAAGCAACGCACGCAGAGAAGCUACGACUUCACAGGCGCCAUUUCCUGGUUCGCCAUCAAGUGUGAUCUCAUCCUGCUCCUCUUCGACCCUCACAAGCUUGAUAUCAGUGAUGAAUUCAAGCGCGUCAUUGAAUCCCUCCGUGGCCAUGAUGAUAAGAUACGCGUCGUCCUCAACAAGGCCGACCAAAUUGAUACACAACAACUUAUGCGGGUAUACGGUGCCUUGAUGUGGUCUCUAGGCAAAGUCUUGAAUACUCCUGAAGUUAUGCGUGUUUAUAUUGGUUCCUUCAACGACAAGCCUAUAAACAAUGCUGCAGCCGGUCCCCUCGGGGAAGAGCUCUUCCAGAAAGAACAAGACAACCUUCUCAAUGACUUGAAGGACAUACCUAAGAAGGCUUGUGAUCGUCGAAUAAAUGAGUUUGUGAAACGUGCUCGUGCUGCUAAGAUACAUGCCUUGAUCAUUAGUCAUCUGAGGAAUGAGAUGCCGGCAAUGAUAGGCAAAGCUAAGGCUCAGCAAAGCCUCAUCGAUAAUCUGGCCAAUGAAUUUGCAAAGGUUCAGAGAGAGCAUCAUCUACCGCUGGGGGAUUUCCCGAACGUGGAUCAAUUUAGAGAGAGAUUGAGCGGAUACAGCAUAGACAAGUUUGAGAAGUUAAAACCAAAAAUGAUUCAGUGUGUUGAUGAAAUGCUUGCUUAUGAUAUCCCACAGCUUCUUAAGGAUUUCCGAAAUCCUUAUGAUUACACUAACUAAUUUUUAUACAGUCUAUUAUGUGUAUAAAACGACAUC